AACUGUUGGGGUCACAGAGGGCGUAGACCCGUCGCUCCGGGACAGAGGGGGCGGAGCCUCUGGGGUGCAGUUCUCUGACCUGCAUUGGCCCUUACACAAGCCAACAUAAAUGUUUUUUAGAGUUACUUUCUUGUUAAAUGUUUCAUUUAUUCAUCAUGAUCAGCUGCUUUUAAGGGAAACGAUUUUAUUGGUUGGUUUUUAAGAAGUUUUAGAUUUAAUUUGAUACCAUUGUUUGGUUUGUGUGAUUUAAGUUUAAUUCUAUUUGAUGUUAUUGUGACUACCUCGGCUUGAUGCUGACUAUUUUCUACCUUAUAUUUUGAAUUCUAAGUUUCUGCUUCUCCAAAAACCACAUUGACGAUCUGGUUGUGUAGACUUUCUGAUUUGUGUGGUAAAAGUUUAUUUAAAUGUAAGUUAGCUCACCUGUGUUCAUUUUCGAUUUGAUAUAAAGACUUUCAAACUAUUUUUUUUGGAUCUUUCGUUGUGUCUGUGCAGCUUAAAAACAUUUGGUUGUUUUUUUUUUUUACUUGUCUCACAGAAACUCCCACAGGUGGAGUUUAACACCUGUACUAAAGCGCAGUUGUGUUCGUCACGCCUCUGUGCAGAACAAAACCUCAACACCUCCAAAACCACAGCGAGGAAGCAGAAUGAAGAAGAAGCUGCUCAUCGACGUGGACACCGGGGUCGAUGAUGCUCAGUCCAUCAUGCUCGCCCUCGCCUCCCCCGACGUGGAGGUUUUGGGGAUCACCUGUUGCCACGGCAACACCAAGCUGGAGAACGUCCUCAAGAACACCCUGCGCGUCCUGAAAGUCUGCGGCCGACUUUGGCGUAUCCCCGUCUUCAGAGGCUGUGCGAAGCCCCUGCUGGCCAAAAAGAUAAAUGCGGUCGAUUACCACGGCGCCGACGGGCUGGGGGAGGUCCCGGAUCCAGACGCUCCAGGCCUGGAGCUGCUGCAGAAGAAGAAAGCUGUGAAAGCCAUGAUCAAAAUCGCAAAAGAGAAUUCCGGAGAGGUGACCCUGGUGGCCACGGCGCCCCUCACCAACCUGGCGGUGGCUGUGGAGCUGGAGCCUUCGUUCCCCAAGCACCUGAAGGCCCUCUACAUCAUGGGAGGAAACACGGAGUCCAGAGGCAACACCACCGUGUGUGGAGAGUUCAACUUCGUCGCCGACCCCGAGGCGGCCCACAUCGUGCUGGACCGCUUCACCUGCCCCAUCUACAUCGCCUGCUGGGAGUUCUGCUGCCUGCGCAGCCUUCCGUGGUCGUUUGUGGACGAGUGGUUCUCCAUCGACACCAAAAAGGCCAAGUUUUUAAAGGAGAUUUCUGCGCUGUCCAUGAAGAAAGCUCGAUCCCCCGAGUAUGAAAAGGAGAUCACCGCGGGAAAAGGGUUCAACCCCUGCGACCUGUUCGCCAUGGCUGCCGCGGUGGACGACACCUUCAUCACGGAGAGCGAGGAGGUCGCCGUGACGGUGGAGCUGACAGGAGCCCACACCCGAGGGAUGAUGGUGCUGGACUACAUGGAGCAUCUGGGGAAGACAGACAAGGCCGUCAUCAUCAAAAACGUGGACUCGGAGAAGCUGAAGAACAUGCUGAUGGACGCUCUGAAGUAGGGCCGUGUGAGGAAGACAAUAAAUGACAGAUGUCUUCUCUGUUUC